AUGGACACAACCAUGUACUACAAAGUCAUCACUCAGAACAACUUCACUCUACAUCCAAAUGACACACAAGCAAUCCUCUCUGAUUUUCUGCAGGCAGCUUCAGAAAAUCAUCAGAGUUACAUCAUCAGCCUCUUCCUCUCUGGCCUCUACGUGAUAUUUUUCUUUCCAGUGGGCUUCAUUGGGAACAUCCUCAUCCUGGUGGUCAACCUGGACCACAGCGGCCGCCUGACAGCUCCAGACCUUUACUUUGUAAACCUGGCUGUGGCCGACCUCCUUCUGGUGGCCGACUCUAUGAUCGAGGUGUUCAACCUGAAGCAGGGCUACUACGACAAGGCCGGACUCUGCACCUUCAUGAACCUUUUCCAGCAGGCCAACAUGUACAGCAGCGUCUUUUUCUUAACCUGGAUGAGCUUCGACCGGUGUGUGGUGCUAACCAGCACCGUCGGUCACAGCGUGCCACGCGCUCGCCUCAGCUGCUGCCUCAUCUGGAUGUCCUCCUCUUUGCUCACCGUGCUGCCUUUCGCUGUAGCUCAAAUGCAGCACGCAGGAGAGCUGCAUUUCUGCUUUGCCAACGUGACCCAGAUUCAGUGGCUGGAGGUGAUGCUGGGAUUCUUGCUACCUUUCUGCAUCCUGGGCCUGUGCUACUGGAGGAUCGCACAGGUGCUCCUACGCAGCCAGAGGGAACAAAACGGCCCACAGCAGAGGCCCCGCAGGCAGAAAGCCCUGCGAAUGAUCUCAGCAGCUGUGUUGGUUUUCUUCCUCUGCUGGCUCCCGGAGAACGUGUUUGUUAGUGUUCACCUCCUGAGAGGCGACACAGACGGCGGCACACUGUGGCAGGACUACCCUCUGACAGGACAUGCUGUCAGGCUGGCAGCCUUCUCCAACAGCUGCCUCAACCCGCUCAUCUACGGCUUCCUCGGGGAAACCUUUCAGAAAAAAAUGAGGCUUCUUCUCCUGGGGAGGAGCAGAUGGUCCAAGCUGCACAGGUCAGCCUCAAGAAAACUCAUCUAUGUACCAGCUGCACAGAAAUGCCUCCAUGUAACAUGUCACAGAGCAACUCAGUCCACAUGAUUAGGCCCUGAUAUCCUCCCACAAACUGCUAUGCUUCCUUCAAAUAAACUGCAUACAAAAGGAAACACAAAUUCCUCUUAACCAAUAUUUGUGCCAUGAGACUGAAGAUAGUUUGGUAUUAAUGUACAGUAUAGUAUUGAACCAACUGUUUUGGAAAUGAAAACUGAAAGAUCUGACAAAUUUGUGCCAUUUAGACAAAUGACAUAAAAAUAACAGGUUCUACUGACUGACUGCUCUGAACUGUGCCUUCAAUCCCUAUUCACUUUCUUUCAGUCAAGGCAUAACUUGAUAUACAAGAUGAAGUUAUUAUGACCUGCGCUGAAAUGCAGCAUUUCAAAUCUAAAAUCAGACUUCAGUUAACUAUUAAUAAAAAACAUUAAAUCUCUCUAAAACAUUGCAGUU